GCAGGCAUGGGCACUGCUGGAGGAAUAGGGUCCAGAGCUGGCGAACCCUACCGCCUGGCCACUCACGAGAGUCCAGUUUCCCCCCGACAUAUGCAGUCCAGCCAGGGGCCAGGCAUGGGCCAGAGUCCAGGGUCUGGUCAUGGGAUGGGUCAUGGUCCGCCUGGGUCCAGCUUGGGAGGCCAUGGAGGUCAAAGUCCUGGUCAACACGCCUCGCGUCGAAACCUCCAGGUUGACUUCAGCAGUUCAGGUGGCUCCAGGACAGGCCGGUCUCCCUCGGUGUCUCCUGACCGUGCCGUGACACCCACCUCACCCUACUCACUGCCGCAGAUUGCACCGAUGCCAAGCAGCAAAUUGUGCCCAGUGUGCACCACCACAGAGCUGUCCAACCCACCGGCUGUACCCAACUAUAACACCUGCACCCAGUGUAAGGCCACCGUCUGUAACCAGUGCGGAUUCAACCCCAACCCGCACCUCACUGAGGUCCAGGAGUGGCUGUGUCUGAAUUGUCAGAUGCAGAGAGCUCUUGGCAUUGAUAUGACCACGCCUCGCUCUAAGAGCCAACAGCAGAUUCACUCUCCGUCUCACCAAGCCAAACCCAUUGUCCAACCUCAGCAGCCUGCACCUCAGCCAACACAGCCAACGCAGCAGGCAGCGGCAGCAGCAGCAGGGGCACAGUCCAAACCUUUGGGACAGAGUCAGGCCACCCAGCGGCAGCAGCAGCCUCAGUCUCAGCCCUAUGGCCAGACUCAACCCUACUCCCAGUCCCAGCCAUAUUCUCAACCCCAGCAGUAUCCCCAGUCUCAAACCCAGUCAUACCCCGCACCCCAGCCAGGGCCCCAGCCUCAUACCUCCUCAGGCUUGCAAAGACACCCAGGCCCUGCUGGCCCCCAGGCUCGGACAGGGCCCUUUCAGCAGGAUAUGAGGUCCGACUCGUACUCCCAGAGAGUUCCUGGAGCUCCAGGAGCAAUUCCCGCAGGAGGCCCCAGCCAGCCUGGGGGUCCACGGAUUCCCCACCCUGGUGCUGUGCCCCUUCCUGGCCUGACCAAGGCUCCCUCCCAGCCCGAUUUGGGUCGUAGUUCUCCGAUGCACCAGUCUAUGGCACGGCACCAUGACCAGACCAGGAGUGCCGGUUCCUCUCCAGCCCACAGACCGCAAAGUCAGGCCCCUCCUCCUGCCCAGGAUGGCCUGACCAAACUGUUUGGCUUUGGGGCAUCGCUGCUCAAUCAGGCUAGUACCCUAAUAAAUGUUGACCCUCUACCCACUGCAUCCACCCAGCCAAGCCCUGCACGUGGCAAAGUGGUGUUCAGCAAUGCUACUCCUGACAACAGGCAGCAACAACAAGGGACCCCUGGUGCCAAACCAUUUGGUAUGGGGGGCCCUCAUGCUCCAACUCAAAUGGGUGGCCCUCAUGCACCGAGCCAGAUGGGGGGUCCCCAUCCGCCCAGCCAAGUGGGAGGUACUUAUCCAUCAAGCCAAAUGGGAGGUUCCCAAAUGGGUGGACCACCACAGAAGCAGCAGACCAUGACCCAUCAACAAGGAAUGCAACAGCAGCAGCAGUCGCCUGCUCACCGUCAAAAAGGGCCUCAAGGACAACAAAAUCAGCAAGCACCUGCUCAUCUGCAGAAAGCACCACAAAAGCAGGGGUCCAUAGAGGCUCCUGUGCCUGCCCCAGAGCCUGUGAAGCCUAAAGUAAACUGUCCUCUUUGUAAAACGGAGCUGAAUAUCGGCAGCUCCGACCCACCCAACUACAACAGCUGUACGCAGUGUCAAAGCCAAGUGUGUAACCUGUGUGGCUUCAAUCCCACGCCUCAUCUGGUGGAGAAAAAGGAGUGGUUAUGUCUGAACUGCCAGACCCAGCGACUGAUGUCUGGUGGUGGUCUUGAUGAUCCUCCACUUCCUGUUCCUCAUCCAUCUCCCAAGCACCAACCAAUGGGCUCACCACGUCACCAGGCACCAACCAGUCAACAAAGCCCUCUUCACAAACCCUCUGUUCAACAAGGUCCCAAGCCAGUCCAAUCCCAGACCCAGAAACUGCAAGCAGGGACUGGUGUUAGCGGACCGUUCACAGCUACUGCUGCCAAACAGCCAGCUGACACCAAGACUACAACACCAGCUACGGCACCUGUACCAACUACAGAAACCCAGAAACAGCUGAAAUCCAUAGAGGAGAAGCCCAAAACUGAGCCUGAUAGCCAAACUGCCAAAGAGACCAAACCCUCUCAGAAGAAAGGAGAGCAGAUCACACCAAUCAAGGAUAUUAAGAAAUCCAGGCACUACGAUGAUACAAAAAACAACAGCACCCAAGACUUGUCACGCAGCCCUCAGAGCCUCAGUGACACUGGCUAUUCCUCUGAUGGCAUCUCCAGCUCCCACAGUGAAAUCACAGGUCUAAUCCAAGAAGAGGAGAUGAAGCUGAGUGAGAGGGGGAUCAGUGGGCGGGCAUCCCCUCCAAGUCCAUCUGAGAUUACCAAACUAGAAAGCUCCAUGAGGCCUUUGCUGGAGAAGAGUCUUUCUGAAGAGAAGGUGGACAGAAGGGGGCGGAAGCACAGAGAUAGGGACUUGGAUGACAGAGGAAAGCAACGUCCACGCUCCCUGUCAAUCCCACCAGAUGCAUAUGACUCUGAUGAGGAACUAGAAGAUAUAUUGGAGGAAGAAGAGGAUGGAGGAGACUGGGAGAGUAAACGGAAGGAAGGGAAGGAGGAGAAGAAGGAGAAGAAAAAAAAGGAAAAAGAUGCAGAGCCCACAGAGAUGACAGAUGAGGAGUUUAUGAGGAGACAAAUAAUGGAGAUGAGUGCUGAUGAAGAAAAUGAUGAUGAUGAGGAGGAGGAGGAGGAGAUGGAGGAAGAUGAAGAUGAGGAAGAUGAAGGAUAUGGCUACCAGAAACCCAAGAAAAGUCAUCACAAGCACAUUAUCUCUGACUCAGGAAAGGAAAAGAGACGUCUUCAGCACCACUCCAGCAGUUUUGAGGAAGAAACUAAGAGCUCUACUGAUGUUUAUAAAGGCUCAGUGGAGGAGGGUGAAGAAGAUGUCAUGGCAUCACAAGGAGGCCUGAGGCGUUUCAAAACCAUUGAACUCAAUAACACCAGUAGCUACAGCAGAGACAUGGAGCUGAGCAGUGAAAAUGACUUGAGCCUUGAUCGGGAACCAGAGCUAGAGAUGGAGAGCCUGACAGGAUCUCCUGAGGAGCGCUCUCGUGGUGAUUACUCCUCCACUCUUCCAGCCACUUCUUCCUCAUAUGGCUCAGGCCAGUCUCCUACUUCCAUCUCAUCAAUGGAGGAGGACAGUGACAGUAGCCCCAGCAGGAGGCAAAGGCUGGAAGAAGCCAAGCAGCAGAGGAAAGCACGUCACCGCUCCCAUGGCCCUCUCCUUCCCACCAUUGAAGACUCCUCUGAAGAGGAUGAGCUGAGAGAGGAAGAAGAACUGCUGAGAGAGCAGGAAAAGAUGAGGGAGGUGGAACAACAGAGAAUAAGGAGCACAGCACGAAAGACUAAGAGGGAUAAAGAAGAGCUGAGGGCUCAAAGGCGCAGGGAGAGGUCAAAGACACCACCUAGCAAUCUUUCACCUAUUGAAGAUGCUUCUCCAACAGAAGAGUUGAGACAAGCUGCAGAAAUGGAAGAGCUCCAUCGUUCUUCUGCUUCUGAAUAUUCCCCCCAGAGUCUGGACUCAGAGGCUGAGGGAUAUGAGUCUAAACUUUACAAGUCAGGCAGCGAGUACAACCUGCCUACCUUUAUGUCUCUCUACUCACCAAUAGAGAAAUCAUCAACUACAACAACUACCACGGCACCAUCUUCAACUUCCAAACCCCUAAAGAGUGCUGAGGAGGUUUAUGAGGAGAUGAUGAGGAAGGCAGAGAUGCUUCAAAAACAACAGAAACAACAGCAGCAGCAACAGCAACAUGGAAGACAUGGGCAGUACUAUGAGGAGGAUGUUAAUGGACAAGGUUAUGAUGAUGAGUAUGAAUAUGAACAAGAUCAAACAGGAUAUGACAAUGAGGCAAUAGAGACAGAAACAGAUAUUUAUGAGGAAAUCCGACAAACAUCUCAAAACAUCACCAAGAUGCAGCAGGCCACUGAUGAGCAAGCAGAGAUUGAGAUUGAGAGUUCCUAUUCGGACAAACAGCUCCUGGACACAGGAUCAGCCUUUGCAAAGUUACUGGAGCAAAGCAAUGCUCUACUAACUCCAGGGACCAGCCCCACCCAGAUCUCAGCUCCUGUCUCCUUUGCUGAGACUGGGAGGAUUCCUGAUGUCCGAGUAACACAACACUUCUCUGCAAAGGAUGGACACAAAGACAGAAUCAAAGCAGGAAAGAAUGGAAUAACUCCAACCGCAGCUGCCACCACUAUUGCAGCUUAUGGAGUUUAUGCCAGAGAUGCAGUGACUAUUUCUCAGACCAGUUCAAGCCACACUAUGACGUCUACUCAGUCUGGUAUAUAUAGCCGACACACAAGUCCUGCCACAUCCUCAGCUACAGUCUCAAGUGUAUGCAGCAAGAUUGCAGAGAUUACUCAGGCCUACAGUCAAAGAGAAGUAAUCACCAGAAGAGUAGGGGAGACCAGGGGUGUCCAAGUGCGAGACAGCUCAACAUCUUCUACUGAGAGAAUAAUUGAGCCACGUUCUCCGAAGUAUACUACUUAUUACAGGAGCACCAGUCCUCCUCUUUCUCCAUCACCACCACCACAUAGUCCCACCCGUUCACCUUCCAGAAGGGCUACAGCUGAGUUCUCUACACAGACUUUCAGUUCGGCCUUACGAAUGGAGUCAGCUGACUCUGGACCUUCAUCACCAGUCAUGGCUCAGGGAACUCAAACAUCACAUCGAUCAGUUUCACCACGGCUCUAUCGACAGCAGUCCUCCCAGGAUGCCCCAUACUCCCCACCACCAAGUCCAGCUAGGCCAAUGACAGUCAACACCGCUACUUCUCCCCUGUCUUCACCUACCCGAUUUAGCCGCCAAUCAACGUUUGACACUUAUUCCCCGUGUGGCAGCCCUCCAGACACACCACCCUACCAACAGUCUCCUACACACAGCUUCUACCGAACGCAAAGGGUUGAGAAGGUAAAUGUGGGGACGAGUAUGGUCACCACAGCCAGCAUUUACACCAGAGGGUCUAUGUCAAUGGAUAACAUCUCCCUCUGUCGAAUUUCUACAGUCCCAGGCACAUCAAGGGUAGAGCAGGGCCAUAUGAUCCAAGGUGGAAGUGUUGUUGAUCUUAGAACAGCCACCAAACCAGCUCCUAUUAUCAUGACUGACCAGGGUAUGGAUCUUACCUCCUUGGCCAGUGAAAGCAGGAAAUACCAUGGGGGAUCGGAAGGUAGCAGACAUUCAACGAUUGUACAGCCACUGAUUAUGAACUUGAACACCCAGGAGACCACCACACCAACCACUGUGAGUGUUACUGUGGCUGCUUCCAUGUUCAUGACACAGCCAAAACAGCCAACAGUCUAUGGUGAUCCCCAUCAAAACCGCAUGGAUUUGGGUCAAGGGAUGGGUUCAGCCAUGUGUCUUUCCCAGCACAAACCACCACUUUCACCUCCAGUUGACCCAUCAAUACCAAAAAUUGAUGCCAAACUUGAAGACCUUAGUGUACAACAGAGAGAGCUACAAAAACAACAAGAGAAGCUGCAGAAGCAACAGGAACUCCUUGAACAGCAGUUGCAGCAGCACCAUCAGAUGCAACACCAACAGCAACAGGCAUCUGCAUUGGUCAGGUACAACCUCACUGGCCAGAUCUCACCUUUACUGAAAAAAGACUUGCUAGUCAGCCAGACUAGCACUGCCUCAGCUGUGGUCAGUGCAGUAUCACCAGUUAUUAACCCUGAUAUGUAUGGUACUGGCCCCAUUGAGCUGAAAGGGAAGCCCAGUCCUCCUGGCUUGAUGCCAGGAGGUAAAUCACCUCAUAGCAUGAUAGUACAGAUGGAUGGAGUACCAGAGCAGGCCAGGGCAGUGACCCAGCUGGUGAAAGUAGAAGAGGGACAGGAUGCUAUGGAUCUGACAGGAGGCCAAAUUAAACCUGACAACCAGCCAGCUUGCUGCGAUGUUUAUCGACUUCCAUUUGGUGGGAGCUGUGUUGGCGGUUCUGAGAAAGAGGGUAUAAGACCUCCAUCUGCGCCACCUCUUACCUACGAGUCUGACCAAGAACAACAACCUAGAAGUUAUCAUGAGUAUCCAGUGGAUGGACGUAAGGCCUACACAUUGCCUUUCCCUGGUAGACUUCAGCCUUCAAUGUCUGACACAAACCUAGCUGAAGCUGGGCUGCAUUCCUACCAUUCUAAACUAGAACCACACAUCCAAGCCACAGGAGAACUUGCUAUAGACCUAACUGCAAUGAAACAGGGCUACGGAGGAUAUAUGGGCAUGCAGUAUGGUUCCUAUACAGAUUUACGGCAUGGGGGAGACAUAACAGCACAAACAUUGCCUAUAAGAAGAUAUAAUUCUUUGUCUAACAUCAGUUCAGACUAUGGCUAUUCUGCUCGUGAGAUUGCUAGCUUUCAAGAAGCUAACUUGGCUCAGUACAGUGCUACAACUGCCAGGGAGAUCAGCCGAAUGUGUGCAGCACUCAACUCCAUGGAUAGGUAUGGAAGCAACCCGGAUUUGAUGCAGUUUGGUAGUUUGGGAAGAGGAACUGGGCCUGGGACAUCCAGACUUGCAGUAGGUCUUGGCAUGAGACAAAACCUCCUCUUUGGACUCGAUGGGAAGCCAAUCUCCCAUAGUCAAGCACUGACCAACCUUAUCAAUGCCAGACAAGCCAGUCUCAGAGCCAUGUACCCUGCUGCUAUUAGGUCCUCUGAUGGGAUGAUCUACUCCACCAUUCAGACUCCCAUCGCUUCUACACUUCCUAUCACGACCCAACCUGCCUCUGUUCUUCGCCCACUACUGAGGACAGUCUACAGGCCAUACCCCUCUGCUAACAUGACACCUAUUCCUUUAUCCAGUCUGAGCAGACUACCAAUGACCCCUAGAAUUCCCAUAUCUGGACAAGGUCCAAUCCGUUACCCAACACCAGGUCUUCUCCAAACAACAUCAACCACUGCCACUACUGCUGGUGCUGUAACAACUUCAGCACCAGUAGGUGCCCCAGUGUCACAGCCAAUUACCAGCUCUACAGUCCAGGAUGAACCAGUUUACCUUGGUAAAGGUGCCACAGUGACUUCCUCAUCAACAGAGGUCACCUCAGUACAGGGAACAGUUGUUAUACCAAUGGAGCCACAACACCAACCAAUAAACCUGUCCCAGGCACACCUAAACAGUCAGCAACAACAGCAACAGGUGACAACUGCUCAACAGGCACAGCAACCUCCUCCAGCAGCCCAUGCCUACCCACCCUCAGCUCCUUCACACUCUCAUGGCUACACCCAGCCUCCAGUCGGUCCCACUGCCCCCAGCAGUGGAUUACCCAUUGCAGGGGGUCUUCCACCCUUUCCUCCACCAGGUGCCAUACACAAGGAGGGUGAAACCGAGGCAGAGAGGCUGCACCGGCAACAGGAACAGCUUCUGCAGAUGGAAAGAGAGCGUGUGGAGCUGGAGAAACUCCGACAACUGCGCCUGCAAGAGGAGCUGGAGCGGGAAAGGAUGGAGCUGAAGCUACACAGGGAGAAGGAGCAGAUUCUGGUGCAGAGAGAGUUGCAGGAGCUGCAGAACAUCAAGGAACAGGUUCUACAGCAGCAGCAACACGAACGUGAGAAACAACUUGUUCUCCAGAGGGAGCAGCUGGCCCAGCAGAAGUCCCAGCUAGACCAGAUCCAGUCUUUACAGAACCAGCUCCAGCAGCAGCUUGAAGAGCAGAAGAGACAGAAAACAGCAGUUCAGACCAUGCAGUUGGAUGUGAAUGGACAACCACUACACCCUUACAUCGACUCUCAAAUGGGCUCCCGUUCCCUCCCUAAUUCUUCAUCAGAGAUGUGUCUGAGGAGCCAGGAGGAGCACAUGGAAACCAGGAGCAACAUGAGGAAACACAGCUCCAUGACCAGGCUGAGCAGGGACAGCUUGGAUGGUGAUGGUGUGAUGUUUUAUGGCUCCCCCCGCAGGAUCGUGGACAGCUGUGUGCAGACAGACGAUGAAGACAGGGAGGAGAGGUAUAUGAUGCGUCAUCGCACCAGGAGGCGUGGCCGCAGUGUUGACUGCUCUGUGCAGACUGAUGACGACGAAGACAAAGCUGAAACAGAGCAGCCAGUCCGCCGAAGACGUUCCCGUUUCUCACGGCACUCUGAGUCCAGUGCCGCGGGGAGCAGUACUGCUGCCACGACCACUGCAACUACUGACAUCAAAACUGACACUACCAAGAUGGUAUCCUCCAGUAUUGCCAUCCAGACCAUCAGGGAAAUGUCUUGCCAAACAGAAGUCGAGCACCUAGGAAGGGUCUCUCCAGCAAUCCAUGUUACAGUACCAGACCCCAGUAAAGUAGAGAUUGUGCACUACAUCUCCGGACCUGAGCGGACCCAAAAAGGACAAUCUCUAGCAUGCCAGACUGAUCCAGAAGCCCAGUCACAGGGUGUCGUAGCCCCCCAACUCAGUGUACCAACCACAGUCAGUCCAUAUUCUUCCUCUACCAGUGCAGGAACACAGCAAUCCGGUUCUGUAGACCUUCUGACCCAGCAGCGCCAACAACAGCAUAUUGCAGCAAACGCAGCCAAGUUUGAGCGACGCCGUCCCGACCCACUUGACAUCAACUACCAGCCUCACAACCACCUGCACAAUGAGUCCAUCUCCAGCAUCAUCCGGCAGCAGCAGACAGCCCCCAAAUCCCCACAAGUUCUCUACUCUCCCGUCUCCCCAGUUUCCCCGCACCGUCUUCUGGAGACUUCGCUGUCCAGUGAGAGGCUAAACAAGGCCCAUGUCACACCUCAGCAGAAAUCCUACACAGCCGAGUCCCCCCAGCGACACCCCUCUGUGCCCCGACCCAUCAAGAGCACCCAGAGGUCCAUGUCAGAUCCCAAGCCCCUCAGCCCCACCACAGAUGAGCACACCAAGGCCAGGCUCUCCCUCUAUCAACAACAAGCACUCCAGAGCCAGCUGGCAGCCCUACAGCAGAGUUCAUUACUCCGUAAAGUCAAGCGAACCCUGCCCAGCCCUCCUCCGGAUGAGACCACCACAUCAGCUCACCUGCCCAUGAUGACACCUGCUCUCCAACAGGUCUACCUGCCCUCCGUGCCCAGCCUCAAGCCCAGCUCCAGGUCUGGUCUGGCUGCCAAAGCCAGCCUCCUCAAAGACCUCACCCACGAGCUGAAAGCCGUGGAACAAGAGUCAACCAAGCUGAGAAAGCAGCAAGCUGAACUGGAGGAGGAAGAGAAAGAGAUUGAUGCUAAACUGAGAUACUUAGAGCUGGGGAUACAUCAAAGGAAAGAGACACUUGUCAAGGAGAGAGAGAGGAGGGAUAUUGCCUAUCUGAGGUGUAUGGGGGACACUAGGGACUACAUGUCUGAUAGUGAGCUGAAUAACCUACGUUUAGCAGCUGCAGCUGCAUCACAUGAGACCAAUGGGCUACUGUCAACAAGGCCAAGUACCGCCCCUCUCAGCCAGUUCACCAGUGAUGUGAAUACAGCAGCCCAGUAUCCACCCACCUCAUCCUUCCUCUCCUGUCAGUACCCCCAGAGCCAACCUGCAGCACCAACUCAGCAAUCAAGUUUGCUGUAUCAGUCCUCGACAUUCAACCAGCCUCCCUAUCCAACAGUGUCUCAGUCUCAGGCACUUCCACAGCCCACACCCCUCCAGAGCCAUGUCCCACCUCCUGGACCUGCUUACCAGUCUCAAACCUCCUACCCCUCCCACUCCUACCCCCAAACUCAGCCCCCGUACCCCCAGACAGACAUGGGGUUACCAGCUGCACCUCAGCCUCAGCCCCAGCCAGGGCAUACAGGUUUUGGGCCUGCACCACCAGGUCAGCCCCCAUACCCCACCCACAGCUCACCCUAUCCCAGUGCUGUAACCUCCUACCCCAGCCAGACCACCCCAUAUCCUGGUCAGCCCCAAGCUGAUAUCCUGACUGUCCACCCAGGAAGACCAAGGCAGACUUCUCUCGCCGAUCUGGAGCACAAGAUGCCUACCAACUAUGAGACGAUCAGCAACCCCACAGUUGUGGUCACUACCACAGCUCAGGAUGCUACCUAUUCCAGUGCAGCCCCCUCUUAUGGUCAGUACACUGGAUCAACAACUAUGUCCAGCUCCUAUGGGCCCUACGCCUCAGCACCAGUGUCCAGCAGCUAUGGUGGGUACUCUACUGUGCCACCAAGCACUUAUGGCCAGUAUACUUCAACCUCAGCUAGUUCAUAUGGGCCUUACACAACAACCAGUGCUAAUACUUAUGGUUACACCACCACCACAGCCAGUUCUUAUGGACAAUACACUUCUACAGUUUCCAAUGCCUAUGGACACUCUGUGGACAGUCCCUCCACUUACAGUACAGCAGAUGGGAUGUAUGGGGCUCCUGGCUUAGAGCAAAACAUACCAAGAAACUACAUGAUGAUUGACGAUGUAAGUGAGCUGACGGCAAAAGAUGGGCUGGGCACGACAACAGGAGACAUCAUGCACCAUGGCGGCAGUGGGCGUUACCCGGGUGACAUCCAUGGCAGCACGACGCGUGGGGGAACUGGCAGCUCCUCGUACGGCAGGGCACCUGAAGAGGAAGCAGCGAUGCAGGAAGAGCUAUACGACCACCAUGGCAGGGCCUGCAUGCCGCUGUCUCCAAACGACAUGGAGAUUGACUGUGAUCUGCUCUCGGUUUCCAAAGCCUACCAUCUGGGCCAAGAAGAAACCGACUGGUUUGAGAAGCCACGUUCCAGUUCUCGACAUUACGGCAGCAGCCACUCGUCUAGCAGGAGCCGGCAUGGUUUCAAACACACCUACCAUGAUUACGAUGAACCUCCUGAAGAGGACCUGUGGCCCCAGGAUGAGUAUGGUCAUGGAGGGCGACACUCUUCAUCCCGUGACCACCGGCACCAUGGCAGCUCUAGCCGACAUUCAUCCUCGUCACGUCAUUCAGAUGAGCCGAGGUCUUCGAGGUCAUCUAAGGGACACCCCAAAGAUCCUUCAAUGCGUCAUGACCCUUCAGGACGAUCCUCUUCUUCAGGAAGGCGGGGCGACUCAAGGUCUGGAGGGUAUCACUCUUCAGACUACUCCCGGGAUCCAUCUGGGCACCACCAUGGUCAGCGCUCCUCCAGGCAAGGCGACCCACACCGCUCCUCACGCAGCAAGUCACAGCAGGCAGUGGACAUGCAGGGCCAACCACCAGGCUCCUCCAGGUCAGGCAGCAGCUCUGCCCGUGCUCAGGGCCCCGCUGGUGGACCUACAGGAUCAGGUCGACAGAGUGGUUCAGGUCCUCAGACAGACGGUGGUCCAGGACAGAGGACCCAGCUCCAACAACAAGCCCAGACAUCAGCGGCCAGGCCAGGGCAGCCUGGUGCCGCAGCAGUCACUGGCCCUCAGCAGCAGCCCCCAGCACAGGGACAAGGCAUGGGCAUGGGGCAGGGCCAGGCCAAGCCAGGGCAGAUGGGACCAGUGGGCGGACCCAUGGGACAGACCAGACAGACAGGUCCAACAAGUACUACACCACCCACCAUGGCCAAGAUCGACACACCUCCAGCAACGGCUAUUGGAGCUAAGGCGGCGCCCGUCAUGGCCACAAAGGCUGCGCAGCCCCCGCUCACAGGGAUAGGCUCCAAGGCAGCUCCUAGGCCAGGAGGAAUCGGCAGUGCAGCAGCAGGUCAACCUGGUAUGGAGGGAGACAGCGUGUUGUCCAAGAUCCUGCCUGGAGGAGCUGCUGAGCAGGCCGGCAAACUGGGAGAAGCCAUCUCCGGUUUUGGCAAGAAAUUCACCUCUUUCUUCUGAGGUGCCAAGAUUAAGGACUAUGUAAAUGGCUAAGGCAUGAGGCUUCGUACCAGAAAAACUUGUGAAGAUCCCCCUACUUUUGUUUUACGAAAGGAGAGAGAGAAGGACAGAGAGAGGAAGAGAGAGGGAAACAGAGAGGAGAGCUGAGCAUACUGCCAACAAGGACUGGAAUCCUCUGGAUACUUCAUGUUUCAGGCCUGAGCACACACUGGCAGAGAGAACACACUGCUCUCUCUGGCAGGCCAGACAAUCAUUCCAAGCUAACAUCCAUCUUCAAAAAGACCAUCCUCAAUCUAGCAUCCCCAGCCAGAGAAUUAAACGCCACCAAACUACCACUGAGCCCAAGAACCAUCCUGUAGCAGUUCGACAAAUCUCUGCCCCUUCCAUACAACAAAGAACCUGGCAGCCAAAAAAAGACAGUGAGAUUCUUCCUAUUCGCAACUGCUGAAGAAAAGUGGAACUAUGGAAGCCAUUUACCUCCUCAUCCCUCCAUGUGGCUUCAACACUGCAGCUUCAAUGGAAGGAAAUUAAAUGGUGGUGUAAUUUUACCCCAAUAUCCUGAUGACUUCACUGUUUAUAUGAAAGCUGCUAUUUCCUAAUAAUAGCAAACAGGAAAUGGUUACUUUACCAUGGGCAUGGUGGCAUGCUAGGAUCCUUGGUUUCACAGUCCUGUGCUCAAACUAAGAGUAGCAGCAACGAACCAACCUCUCUCCGCUUUUCUAUCUCUUCUGAAAGUUAAAAAAGACUGGGGGAAAUGGAAUAAAACUUGCUGAAAUACUGCAGGCUUUUCUGGUACGAAAGACCUCUUGUUACACCACUUGUCGGGAGGACAAAAUGGAAAUGUCAUGUUGAAUGAGUAAGACAAUAAAAACGACUUAGCCAACACACAGGAGUGUGUCGGCUUGUCUUUCUUUCCAAGGUUUGCCCUGUUUCUAUCUACAUUCCAGAUUGGAACUGUUAAAACCUUUUGCUCCCUCUCUUCCUCACCUCUCUGCGUUUCUUGAAUGCUGAUUCUUUCUUUCUAAUCCCUGCCCAACGUUCCUCAAUUUACCUUGUCUUUAAAGUCUAGUGGAUUUAAAAAAAGUAGGAAUUUGGAAUGCAUGGGACUUUAUAUCCAAGACCUUACACUGUUUAUUGUUACUUAACAGAGGCCAUAAAGACACUGGGAAUCACAUCUUAGUUAGACGACGUAAACAAUGACAAAGAAGAGAGAUUUCCGGAGCAACACAAUGGAAUCUGGCCACGGGAAUAAGAGGAGCUUUUUGUUUUAUGUUUUAUUUAAGGAAAAAAAAAAGAUUGGUGGAGUGAAGCCGUAAAGCCGUAUGGUUGGGUUGUUUUUCAGCCAUUUCAAAGCCAUUAAGACAACACUUACCUGCAGUGCUUGUGGUGUUAAGGUAUCUCCAACUGCUCCACAACGUUUGGCUCUCAGAUAUUUCUCCUAUUGUUGUAGGUCGUUGUCAUCUCUUGUGUUCUUUUCUUUUUUUUCUAAUUUAGUUUUGUUGUAUACCUGGUUUUUAUGUUGCAGGUUACCAAUAUCGCCUUAAUCAUUUUUAAAAGUGGCAUUUUUUUUUUAUUACAUUCUGAAAACACAUGUCAUGUUCAUGUCACCCUUUUUUUAUGUAGUAAAAUCAGCCGGAACACUGGCCAUGGUGAGAUUAGUUUAUAUUUUUUAAAUUAACUUUGUUUUUAUAAUUGUUUGUGAUAUUAUUUUUCUUUGUUUUGUAAUGUUUUGCUACCUUCAUACAGCCCCAUGUUAUUUAUUUUCAAAACUUAUAAAAGCAAUAGAGAAAGAGCUAAGAAAGUAAAGAGCACAAUUUUGUGUCAUUCUAAAAGUCGGUGGAGCAGAAACGUGUUGCCUCCGUCUGUCUAACUUACCACCGAUGUACCACUCAAGUCUGACUUAAACAUACCACAGAACCUACUCCAAUAUUGUACUACUGCGCUACUAAUACUUCAGAGUGCAGGAGUUCAUCUCUGAACAAGAGUUUGAUACCACCUAGAUCUUCUCCUUCAACCAACAAUGAGACAUCAGUCAGCCCGUCAGUGAUCGGAGUGAUAUGCUGCUUGUAUUGGCUGGAGUCUGAUCUGAGGGCACUGCAGGGCAGCAGAGAGGCACUGAAAAGCAGACCAGUCACACAUCGCGGCAGAACUGGACUUCUCACCUGCGGGGGUUUGGGCUUCGAUGUGAUUCUUCUGACCCUUCAAGAUGGACGUUUAUUGGGAGUUUGCUGAAAGCUCCUUACACAUCAGUGUGUAUCAGCAUGUGUCUUCACUCUGUCAAAUGUGCACAGCGCACGUGAAAGCACACUCAAAAAAAUGGUGUCAAAAAGAGAGGAAAAAAAGCAGCACUCAUGUGACUGAGGAACCAAAAAUAACACACUUCGUUGUGUCACAAAGUCACUCGCCUUUUUUUUACGUUUCAUUUUCUAUUGUGGUGGCGUCCAGAACUAUAACCCAACCCCCAAAAGCCUCUCUCUCAGACUGUCAGUUGUCAUGGAAACUUCUCAGGUCAGUGUUCUCCCUGCUGUUGCUCCUGCAGUGCAUUGUGGGAUCUGCGGUUCAGUACUCAAAACGUACUCUGUCAGGCCAAACAUUGUGAGGCCUUCAGCAAAACCAACGAAGCAACAAACUUCUGCUGUAUAUUGUCUGUGUGAACGCUCGCUGGGAAACUUCGCAUGCCGCCCAGCGCAGAAAACCUCAAAGUCACCUCUAUAUUGUUCUGUUCCUAAUGUUUGUAUGUAUGUGUGUCUGGGCCUGUAUGCGUGUAACUAAAUACCAUCAUCCAAUGUGGAAAAGAAAACAAGACAAACAUGAGUUCAACAACAACAAAUGUGGUGGGCAGAAGAGGCGACCUCUCAUCUCCAGUCCUUCUAUGCAAUGAAUUAGGCAAAACAGAAACAUGAAGAGAAAAAGGGAAGUGAAAAUGCAUAAAUGGAGAAAAAUCACACAAUCAUUGUUUAUCACGCAUGAUUUAUUCUAACGUCAAGAAUUGCAUUGUUUUGGCAUUCCUCAUAUUUCAAAUGAGAUUUUAUGAAAUAGUAUGUGUAUAAUAUAAGUAGGUUAGGAAAUGAUAAGAAGGGUUUUUGUAUUACUUGUGUUAACCUGGCAUGUUCAGGGACCUGUCUCUCUCUUCA